GGGGGAGGGGAGGGGAGGGCUCGCUCACUCACACGGUACGGUGUGUUCCCCGCCGCUGCCGCACUCACCGGCUGUAAGGGGAGGGGGGGGCAGUUUGUGGAGUAAGGGACGGAGGGAGGGAGAGAGAGAGAGAGCGAGCUUUGUGGGAGAACAAUGCACGCGAGCGCCAGCGCCCUGCGGACCCUCAUCAAGGGGGGCCGGGUGGUCAACGACGACUGCACCCAGGAGGCGGACGUCUACAUCGAGAACGGCGUCGUCCAGCUCGUCGGCCGGGAGCUCAUGAUCCCCGGCGGGGCCAAAGUCAUCGACGCCACCGGCAAGCUGGUCAUGCCGGGCGGCAUCGACACCAGCACCCACUUCCAGGAGACCUUCAUGAACGCCACCUCGGUGGAUGACUACUACCACGGCACCAAGGCAGCUCUGGUUGGAGGAACAACAACAAUAAUUGGUUAUGCAUUACCAGAUAAAGAGAAUUCACUUCUGGAAGCAUUUAAAAAGUGUCGAGAUCUAGCAGAUCCUAAGGUCUGCUGUGACUACUGUCUUCAUGUUGGUGUAACUUGGUGGGGGCCACAGGUGCAAUUUGAAAUGGAAGAACUAGUGAGGGAGCAUGGAGUGAAUUCAUUCCAGACUUACAUGACCUAUAAGGAUCAAUACAUGCUGCGGGAUAAUGAACUUUACCAAGCUUUUCGUGCAUGUAAAAGUCUUGGUGCCAUACCUUGUGUGCAUGCUGAAAAUGGAGAGCUAGUAGCAGAGGGUGCAAAAGAAGCUCUUGAAUUGGGAAUCACUGGGCCUGAGGGAUUGGACAUCAGCAGACCUGAGGAGCUUGAGGCGGAAGCAACACAUCGUGCCAUCACAAUUGCCAAUAGAACCCAUUGUCCAUUAUAUUUGGUUAAUGUCUCAAGCAAAUCUGCAGGUGAUGUUAUUGCUUCUGCAAAAAUGCAAGGCAAAAUUAUAUAUGGGGAAACAACACUAGCACACACAACUCUCAAUGGAUCAAGCUAUUACCAUCCGGACUGGUCUCACGCUGCUGCUCAUGUUACUGCACCUCCUCUCCGACUGGAUGCUAGCACUCCCAACUACCUCAUGAGUCUGCUAGCCAAUGAUACCAUUAAUGUCGUUGCUUCGGAUCACCGUCCAUUUACUAUCAAGCAAAAAGCUAUAGGGAAAGAGGAUUUUACUAAAAUUCCUCAUGGUGUUACUGGAGUGCAGGACAGAAUGACUGUUAUCUGGGAGAAAGGAGUGGUCGGUGGCAAAAUGGAUGAAAACUGUUUUGUUGCUGUGACUAGUUCAAAUGCUGCAAAGAUUUUCAAUCUGUACCCUAAGAAAGGAAGAAUUGUUCCAGGAGCUGACGCUGACAUUGUUGUGUGGGAUCCAGAAGCUACAAGAACAAUAUCCGUGAGCACUCAAGUACAGGGUGGUGAUGUGAACCUUCAUGAGAACGUACGAUGUCAUGGUGUUCCCCUGGUGACAAUCAGUCGUGGGCGAGUUGUCUAUGAAGAUGGAAUUUUUACUUGUGCUGAGGGGACAGGAAAAUUCUGUCCACUUCGACCAUUUUCGGAAUUUGUAUACAAGAAGCUGAUCCAGAGAGAAAAGAAUUUGACUGCAAAGGCUGUGGAUCGUGCUCCAUACGUAGGUGAUGUGGCGAUGGUGCUUAAUGUAGGAAAAGAAACCCCAGCUCAUCCAGACGUCCAAUUCCGUUCUGUGACACGUCACAGUGGAGUGAGGGAUUUGCACGAGUCCAGCUUCAGUUUAUCUGGAUCUCAAGUUGAUGAUCAUCUGCCAAAACGACCUGUAUCUAGAGUUUUGGCUCCACCUGGUGGGCAUUCUAAUGGCAUCUGGUAAAACGUGUGUCUCAGUGCUGUCAAGUCUUACGAUCAAAAGUGAAAGCAGAAUAUGAAUGACUUAGACCCAUGACACGCUGGAAUUUACUUCAUAAGCCUCAGUAACACCAUAUCUAUAUCAUGUGAAUGAACACAGCUUUUAGUUAUUUUAAGAUUUUUGUAAGACGUUUGAGAAUGUUACAUCACUACCAUAAGAAGUUGGUCAUAGAUGAAAGAAGACUAUUAUGAAAAUUGUAGAUCCAUUACUAUAGAUUUUGUGUUAGGCUCUGCUGCUAUAAGUGCAGAAUCUUUAUAAUUCUGCUACAAUAAAUUGUACACAAGUGAGUGAAAUGUAUUGUAGUCUGUGCAUGAUGCAAUCUGACUUCAUACACCCUAAAAAUAAGAAACUCAGCAUUUAAAACUAACAAUAACUGGUGUAUUCUAUUACUUUUACUUUGUGAUGAUUUUGGGAAUUUUCACUGUGUAGAAUCUUGAAAACAGCCUAGGAAAAGUUUGAAAAAUUGGAGCAAAUCCAACUAAAUUAGUACAAGUUGCAAAUUGUUUACCACAUAAGUACAUGUCACCAAUGAGCUGUGGAUUAUCACCACUUAGUUUAUUUAGGAUAAAUUACCAUCCUUGGUGUGAAGACUUGCUGAAAUACAUUGUCUAUGGUCUUUUGAGGAAUUUAGAAUGUGAUCAUAUCAGAGUUUUCUUCUUUCCAUUACUGGUCUUUUGAAGAAUUUUCCAUUUUUCUGUGUAAAAUCAAAGGAACAAUUUUUUUCCUGUUCUUUGGAGGACUGUUGUACAUCAGCCAAACAGUCCUCCCAGUCCAAUUUAUAUGUCACUAAUAAAUCUAAUCAGGAAAACUAUCUUUACUUUGAGCGAUGAGAAAAUGGAAUUUGUUACCACAUGGAAUGUUUGACAUGAAUAGCAUGUGCUUGAAUGUGAAAGUAAUGGAAGAAUCUGUUCAGUUUGACAUGAAGUAGACUAGAAGGAGUCUCACAUAGAGCGCAACUGCUCGUGUGGAUCUAGCUACCGGGCUUACUAACUAGUCAUUUGCUGUAAAAUGUCUGUAACCAAAGUCCCUAAAUACAUCAGUGUGGCUUCCAUGUCUGUUGUGAUGUUUUGUAUAGCAUACAAGUUCCUCAGAAGUAUUUGCACUGAGAAUUAGUCUUUGAUCUUCAUAAGAUGUAGUUAGUGUGCUUGUGCUAAUGUGUUAGGAAAUAUUGGGUCCUAUGUGUUAGUGUUACUAAUUCAAAAGUUCUGCAAAAUACAAAAUUAUUUAAGUCCUUUAAUAUGUAUGUAUGCCUUUUUAGAAAUGAUGUUUCACUGGCUAAAGUUUUUUUUAAUUUGACAAUUGGAAGUUUCAAGCAAUGUGAAUUAUUUUCACCCAAAAUUUCAAUUUCUAAAUAAAUUGGUGUCCCAUCUUGUAACUAUACAAACCCAAAGAUAGUUGUAAACAAGUAUGAUAUUAUGAACAAAGAGGAUAGAUAAAUUUAUCAUAUUUGUGAAUAAAGUUGAUGCAACUCUUAAGGGUGAGAUUUUCUGAAGUGCACAGAUUAAUGAGUCGAAUGAACCAACUGGAAGUACUUCAAUUAAAACACCCAUAAUUAUACAAAACUUGGCAAUUACUAAGCAUUUAUGGCAUUAAAAAUGUUGCUUAUAUCUUGCUAUUUUUGGCUCUUCCAGACCCAUCUCCCCCAAUUACUAUUUUCAGGAUGUGUGCAGCUGAUUCUUAAUUUAAUGCAGUAAAAGGAUAUAUACAACAGCUAGUUAUUUUAAACAGUACUCUAAGUUUGAAUUCACCUCAAGUAUAAGUAUUUGAAAAACUGACACAAAUAUUGCAAAAUUUCAGACAUUCUUUGCAUAUAGUCUUGAUAAAGUAAUGCACAGAUUUUCUUUGAUAUUUACUUCUAAAAUUAAUUUCCAGUCUCACCCGAUAUUUACUUGACUAUUCAGAUCGAUAUUUCAGUUUACAGUUGACUGGAUAGUGACUAGAGAUGGCAUAAGGAUCAAUAUUCUAGUUUUCAGCUUCUCUAAUAGCUGGCUGUGACUAUUAUGAAGGAAUUUUAUAGCUUUACAAGAAUCUAUGCUUUUGGCACCCAGCAUUCCUAAAGCAUGCAAUGCUUUGAAAGCAAGAUUGUUAAGUUCUAUUUCUGUUAAAAGUAAAAGAUUUUUUGUUAAUAGCCAAUCAGAGAUCAAUUCUAUCAACCUUUCCCUAGUGUCUUAAAGAUACUGUAUUAGAAUAUUUUAUUCUCUAUAGGAUGCAGUGUAACCAGAUCUCUGAAGAAAUUUCAAUUAUAAUAUCUUGUAUUUAAAUAAAAAAAUCAAACCAUAACUUUCAAAAGUAAAACUAAUUUCUCGAUUAUGUAGAAAACCCUGUUUUGAAAUCCUGGAAACACAGGAAGACCUUUCAAAAUUCAUGUUUUUUUUUAAAAUGCAUCCCAUGUGAUGAUGUUUUCCUACGGGCUUUGCCAAAGUAAGGAUUGUGACAAAUGGAUGUUCAAAAUAUUUCUAAUAACUAAUACUUUAGGGACUUUGGUUGGUAAGUUGAUCUCAAAUUUUGUUAACAUUUAGGAUAAUUGUACCCACAAAUACACAAUUAUAACUUAAUCAAGACAUGAAGCUUUGACUUAAGCUUUAUUUAAUCUUUGAGGGGCUUUUGUUUUUCCUGAAAUUUUGUUACUUUUUUUCCAAAAUGAUAUAUUUUUUCCAAGUCAAUGAAGGACCCUAUAAAGCUUCUGAUCUGUUCCUUACUCUAGCUACUCAAACAUAACAGAUUGUGAACAAAGUUCUUGUGUAAUUUAUUAAUGCAUUAGAUUGAAUGUCUAAGAUAAAGUUUGGUAGCUAAUAUUGACUAAGUCCAUUGUGACACUGUGUUUUAUUGGCACUUGUAGUGUGUCCUGUGAUUGUAUGUGCGUUGUCUGUAAUGGGCAACUGUAAAUAUCAUAACAUAAUGACAAAUUUCAAUGUUGGCGAGAUGUUAUUGGACAUUUGCAAAUCAUAAUUGGAUCUUAAAGUGAGGCUGCAUAAGCAUUGAAAUAUUUUAAUUGUGGCAUUGAAAUGCAUUAGUCAUUGUGUUGAUGGUCAUAGUUUUAGUGCAUUGCUGGUCUCUGUGUUCAAAAAAAAGCCUGCAAGUCUAUGACGUGCCCACUUGAUGGAAGGGAAUGUAUUUUUAUACAGGCCUCACUUUUGUUUGCUACUGACUAGCAAUUGAUUUAUAUAAUGGGGGAGGAAGGACAGAGAAACAGUCAUUGUUUGCUUUAAUUCAAAUUUAAAUUAGGCCAGUGGUACUUUUGAGUGCGCAGAUGAAACAAUUACAAACACUAAAAGUGCACAAUUUUAUUUUAACCUUAAUAAUACUGUGAAUUGUUCUUAGAAAUAUACUGGAUCAGAAAAGAUUGUUAAGUCCACUUAUUCAGUUUCAGUGUUCUGAAAUUAUUAUUUUUCACAAUGUUCAUUAUAUCCCAAUAAUACAUAUUUAUGCAGUAUUAUCCAAUUGAAGAAUUUCUCAAACUUUACUUCCAUAUUUAACAUUAGAAAUUUUGAGCAUGUGAUUCAUUGACUGAAUCUAGUGACAAACUUUAGACUUUUUUUAAUAUGAAACAAAAAUAUGUUUCCAUAUUUGAUUUAUUUGGUAUGUAUUUAAUUUAUGCAUUUUGUUAGAUAACCAUAUCUGCUAUGCAUCUCUUUAACAAUGUCAAACACCGGAAGUGUUUGCAUUUAUCUGGCUUGAACCGGUUUAAUUUUUCUGAAACUCCUCAGAAUUGGUGCUAACAUUGAACAAGGUAUAAAAUGACUUUUCUCCAUAUGUUAACCCUUACUACACACUGGAGAACAUUAGAAUGUAGAUAAAAUCUGCAGAUGUAUUUGUGAAUUCUAAAUAAGCAGUAACAUGAUAGAAGAAUGGAAUUUUGUUUUUGUACAUAGGCAUAUUUUUAUUCUGAAUGAAUAGGUGCCUAAUUCAAUACCAAGAUCUGUGUCCAAAUAAAGAGCCACCUGCGAAAGUAGAUGUUAAUUUUUUUUUAAUGCAAAAAGCAAUAAAAUUUAAUGGAGCCUUCUUGUGGUUUCAGUAAGCCUUAAAAUUAUCAGGGUCACUCCUUCACUUUAAUACUGGCUGUUUUGACUGACACAUCAAGAUCUGGUACUAAUCAUCUAAAUUAAAAUAGCAGCCAUAAGAUUUGGUACAAAUGGACAUUAAAUUUACACUACACUUUAAUGUCAGUUUGAAGAGGGUUUCCUGAUGCUGAAUUUGUAAUGUAGAUCUAAUUGGAGCGUACUCUGAUUCCAGGGAAAAAUGGCAGGAGAUUCCCUGCAAGCUUACAUGUGUGACCAACAUGGUGUUAAAAGGGUUUUGGAAGAGUGCCCAUGCGAUCUGUUAGGCAUCCUGAACAUUUUUAAGCCUAUUUUAAAAUAAUUUGAAUGUUUAGAGAACAUGGAAACUGUUACAGCUCUCUAUCUAAAUAUUUAAAAUGCAAGUUCCAGUUAAAAGCAUCUCUGCACAUAUUUCAAAGUGCAGAACCAGAAUGUUUUCUAGUGCAGAAGAAUCGAAGUUUCAGUGUUUUCUGGCUGGAACCCAGAAUUGCAAUUUUUGGCAUGAGACCGAUUAUUAUUGUAGAUGUAUCGUUCAUGUAAUGUAAUUAAAAAUCUCACUUCUAGUACCCAAUCUUUAAAAUUAACCUUAGCAAGAGGUAUUGUUUACCUUUUGGUUUUCUGUUGAAGGGAGAAAGAUGUUCUAACUGCAUUAUAGUCACAGUAGAAAGGGGAUUUGUAUCUUUGUAUAAGAUGUGUGAAAAAUUGGAUACAACACUUGAAAGCAUUUUAAAAUGCUCUUGAAAUGUUGAUUAUUUUGAAGAUACUUAUUCCACAUUUAAUACUUAAGGGCUAUUUAUAUGGUAUUGAUGUACUGACAAAUUGAGAAUUAACUGCUUUUCUUCUGUUCACAUUUGAAAUAUUAUUUGUCAUUGUAUUGGAUUUUCCACAAAAUGAAUUUUUAAUUGUUUUUAAAACACGGUAGCAAGACUAAUUUUUCUGACCUCCAGAGCUAUCGUACAAGUGUUUAGGUUAAUAUGUGAUGCUGUAUUCACCCAUUUCCUAAUAGCCAGAUAUUGAUACCUGUGUGCCUUGAUGAUGAUUUUCUGUUUUAUUCAUUGUUUAUUCCACGUGAUUCUGAGUGCGCAGGAAGAAUUGUCUUAAGUACUAAAAUUGCAGUAACUCUGAAGGCUGUCUGAUAUGAAACUUACAAUGCAGCCUAAAUAUUAAUGUUGUUGCAUUUGAGGUGGGAAAUUCUUCAGUUUUGCAGCAUAGCUGUUUAGAACUACUAUAGAAUUAGGAAUAGGUCAUUUUGUUUUUGUAAUUGUAAUUCCACUGUAAUUAUUGAACUGUGCUCCACAUCCCUUGGUACCUUGCCGAACAAAAAUUGAUCAGUCUUGAUCUUGAAAAUGUUUACAGACACAGCAUUCACAGCCUUUUGCAAGAGAAUAUUCCAACUUCUGGUAAACUUUAUAUAAAGAUGCUCCAUGAUUUUAUUAUAAAAUGACUUUGCUCUCAUUUUAGGAUUACACAUGUUCCACAAAUCAUCCCUUUUCAGGAUUGCCCAGCCAGAGGAAAUAAUUUCCUUGUAAUUACCAGAAUAAAUUUGAUAUUUUCAAGAUCCUAGUUGGAUAACAGUCAACCCCCUUUACCCGAGGAAUGCAAGUUUAUUCACCCUCUCAUCAUAAUUUAACUUUUUAAAACUCUGUUGUAAUAUUGGUAAAAAAAAAUUCUAUCCCAUCCAAAACCAAACUCUGGAGAUGGAAAAAAGCAAGGACAGGGACAUAAGAAUCCUGCCAUCCACAUUCUAGCAUUGAUAAGAAGCACAGCAACAGAUUUUCCUCUUGGUUGAGCAUGUGCCAGGAAAAGAAAAGAAGGUAGUUGAUGAAGUAAUUACUUUAAAACAUCUUACAUGGUUAAAAUUCUGAUAAUCAUUCAGACUUAGUUAUGCUUUUGCUUUAACUUUGUACAAAUGACUGUAUUAUUGACACCAUCAGUUCAUUUGCAAUGAGUUCAGCCUUCCAGUUUGGAAAAUUAUUUCAUGAGCCAUAAAAUGUUCUGUUUGAAUGGAAAUAACAAGAUUUUUAGGCACCAGAAUACAACUCAAAAUAUUUGCAAAAUGCACAUAUUCCUUUCGUAAUGUCACAGAGUGUCUUGCUAUAAACCCCUCUUUUCCACAGCCCACUAGGAGAGCAGUUGUUCUGUAUUUCCUUGUUCCUUUCAAAUUCCUCACCAGUCUUUAAGCAGCAGUGUGAAAAAUUUACGGUAUAACUUACAAGUUGUACAAAAAUGUUACAGCAAUGUUAUUUGCAAUAAAUUGCAGCACUUGGCUAUAUAAAUCUGCUGUCGAUGCUGUAAGAAACACAUUGAGCCACAUCUUAUAGGGGCCUGAACAACACGACUGGUGUGAAAUGUGACAGAAUUACAUAAGUAGUCGAGAGAGGCCCAUCUUGACAUAGUUGAAAAAUGGAGCGAGUUGCUUCCCAAGUUCUGGGUGUCAAGGCAAGAUACUCACUAGGCAACAGUGAGUUGCACAUUAAGGGGAGCUAUUGUUUGGUCAUGACCUUAUUAAUAGCAGAUCUCAUCUCAUUUCAUUAAUAUACAGCUCCCUAUCCUGCCAUGCUGUGAGUAAACGAGAUGCCAAGAAUUUUCGUCUUGGAAGUCAGAGAAAGUUAGCAGUACUUCCAUCAGGUCAAAGAAGAUAGCAGGCAAUUCACCACCUGUCUUGACCUAUUCUACAAUGAGGUGUUUUCCUCUUGGAAUGAGAGAGAGAAACAGGUAUUCAGACAGAUGAAAAUGGGUGGCAUAGCUGUUAAUGCUGAUCAGGUGUGGUGAUGUCCUGAGUGACUAAGAACCACAAGGGCAUCCAGGAAUAGUGCUGUCAGGUGUUCAGGUAGGUGAGAACAACUAAGGGAAGAUGAUGAUGGCAGUAAAGUGGUAGAGUCUGAGCAUUAUUGGAAAGUAGGUACAGUUAGCAGAGAUUGUGAAGUAUCAGAGAAGAUGGUGGCACUUAAGCUGGCAGAUGGAGAAGGUCAUUAAACCUUAUUUCUACAGUGCUGGCCAUUCCUCCACAAGGCUGAGACUGCACUGAUUUCGGUGGUAAGCUCUGACAAGGAUGGCAUGGUCUGCUGUUAUGACCUUUGCUGGUCCUGGGUGAGAAGGACAUCCUGAAUCUGCAUCAUCCCAUCCACUGUGACCUUCAAAUCCUACCUGGAAAUCAGGGUACCUAUUUUCUCUUGUCUACAGUGUUGAGGGCUAAUAUCAGAAAAUCAUGCAGGGAAGCUUCAGUAAGACAGUGGCAAAAACACCCUUUUAAAGAUGGCAUUGGUGCCAGAGAUGUCAGUCAAUUCUAGGAUUUCCCGAUAGUGGCAAAUUGUUCCAGGAAUGGGAAAUAGCAAAAUGAGGCUAGAAUUGGGAGAAAGGGGCACUUGAGGCAAAUUCAGUGAUAUACAGCAAGAAAACACCCACACUAAGCCUUGCAACAAUAAACCCUCUGUAAAACUCAGCAAAAAUGGCACUUUGCCAAAAGAAAGUAAAAAGCUCAUUAUCUUCUGCAUAAUUUCUUCAUUACUCACACCAACCGUAAGUUAAGACAGGGAAGACAAUGCUGAUAAUAAAGAAAACACAUUGUGUAAAUAUUAUCGAUAUCAUAGCUCUAAGGCAGCGUUGUAUUUAAAAUUGUUUGUAAAUUCAUACCUGGUACCUAUUGUAUCCUCAUUACUGUAUACUCAGUAACUUCUACUUCCCAGAAUGAUGCUAUCAUUGCUACCUAUUUUACAUUGUACGGGACUCAGUUGUGCUAGUGCUUGAGUAGAAGAAAUCCCUUUUAGCUUAUGUUAGCUUUAUGAUUCACUGCAAUAGCCAGCUUGGUAUAUUAGAAAAUAUAUUUUGCAAGUUGUGUGCACUUUUUUAAUAUAGAAUAUCACUUCAAAAAAUGUUUGAAAACUAUGGAAUCAUAGAGUCAAAGAGUCAUGUACAGCAUGGAAACAGACCCUUUGGUCCA